AUGUUUCAGGUACCUGCUAGUCAUGAAGAAUGGAAUGUUAUUGAAAGGGGUUUUCAUUCUAGAUGGAAUUUUCCAGGGUUGUAUGGCGCUAUAGAUGGAAAACAUGUGCUGAUACGUGCACCCCCUGAUUGUGGCAGUGACUUUUUUAAUUAUAAAGGGAAAAACAGUAUUAUUUUAUUGGGAGUUGUAAAUGAUGACUAUUGUUUUACUUAUAUAAAUAUUGGAGCUAACAGGAGAUGUUCAGAUGGUGGUGUUUUACUAAACAGUUCUCUUUCACAUGAACUUGAAAAUGGUAUGUUACCAACCGGUGGAUUUUUUGUAGGAGACGUAGCAUUUCCACAAAAACAUUAUUUAUUAAAACCUUACCAACACACACCUCUAACACACGACCAAAAAAUUUUUAACUACAGGCUAUCAAGAGCCCGGAGAAUAGUGGAAAAUGCAUUUGGCAUACUUGUAAGCAGAUUUAGGAUUUUUGAAAAACCAAUAGCAACAGAUGUGACAGUAACAGAUAAAAUUAUACACACAGCAUGCGCUUUGCAUAAUUGGCUAAGAAAGACUUCUAACACUUACUUGACUAGAGAAAAUGUAGACUUUGAAAAUGUAGAUACCGGGGAAAUCAUACCAGGAUCAUGGAGGCAAGAAAACCUAGCGUUACUGCCAAGUAUUAACCGAAUAGGUAGUAACCAUCUAGACAAGCUAGAGAAUUAA